CAACAAUGAACUUUUGCAUGAAUGAGCAACUACUACCAUCACACACAAUUACAGACAGACUGCCAGUUUUUUUCUGCAUCCAAACAAUUUAUUGAUUCUCAAAUUCUUCAGAUAUCAAAAUCAAGCAGAAUCCACAUAUACAGGGAAUACAGAAUCAAACACACACACACGAAUGAGAAAAAUUUGAGAACCACUUGUAAAUAUUAAAAACUGUAGAAAGUGUAGUGGCGCUGCUGCUGGUAUUUUUAAUGUCGCCGACACUGUGUGCUGACUGGUUUAGCUUUUUUUUUGUCAUCAAAAUAUUCCUCUACUUCAUCACUCCCACUUUCUUCCUCUCUCUCUCUCUCUCUCUGUGUGUGUGUUCGUGGACAACAAACAAGCCAGGUUCUCUUUUUUCUAAAAUUAUCAUAUCAUCAUCAUUGAUGAUUUUCACAUCAACAACUUGUCAAUUUAUAAAAAUCCACAUAUUUUGAUAUUUUAGUCUUUUGUCAUUUCCACUAAAUUUUCACUAUCCACCCCCGUUCAUAUACAUUUGUUUAUCAAAUUUUAGGGACACACCAAUAUUAUAGUUUUUUCUUAUUCUUCGUAGGACCAGAAUUUUUCGAUAAACAAAAAACAUUUUCCAAUUAUAUCAAUUAAAAUAGAAUAAAACACACAUAUAUUUGUAAAGAGAAUGGAUGAAGAAUAUGAUGCUAUCGUAUUGGGCACUGGCCUAAAGGAAUGUAUCCUAUCCGGUAUGCUAUCUGUAUCGGGUAAAAAAGUUUUACAUAUUGAUCGUAAUAAAUAUUAUGGUGGUGAAAGUGCAUCAAUCACACCAAUGGAAGAUUUAUUCACUAAAUUUGGUUUCGAUGUUGCAAACAACAUUCCCAUGGAAGAAUAUGGCCGUUCAAGAGAUUGGAAUGUUGACCUAAUUCCAAAGUUUUUAAUGGCCAAUGGACAAUUGGUUAAACUUUUACUUCACACUGGCGUUACAAGAUAUCUUGAAUUUAAGUCAAUUGAAGGUAGUUAUGUUUAUAAAGGUGGAAAAAUCUAUAAAGUACCAGCUGAUGAAAAAGAAGCACUAUCUUCAAGUUUGAUGGGUAUGUUCGAGAAACGUCGUUUCCGUAGCUUUUUGUUAUUCGUCCAAAAUUUUAAUGUUGAUGAUCCAAAAUCAUGGAGCAAUAUUGAUCCACAUAAAACUACCGCGGCUGAAUUGUAUCAAUAUUAUAAACUGGAAAAAGAUACCGCCGAUUUCACUGGUCAUGCAUUGGCAUUGUAUCGAGAUGAUGAUUAUCUUCAAGAACCUUGUCUGGAUCUAAUCAAUCGUGUUCGAUUGUAUAGCGAUUCGUUAUCAAUGUAUGGAAAAAGUCCAUAUCUUUAUCCAAUGUAUGGAUUAGGUGAAUUGCCACAAGGAUUUGCACGUCUUAGCGCUAUCUAUGGUGGAACUUAUAUGCUUGAUAAACCGGUUGAUGAACUUGUAUUUGAAAAUGGCCGUACUGUUGGUGUUCGUUCCGGUACCGAAACGGUCAAAUGCAAACAAGUUUAUUGUGAUCCAUCAUAUGUACUUGAUCGUGUGGAAAAAGUUGGCCAAGUUAUCCGUUGUAUAUGUUUGAUGAAUCAUCCGAUUCCAAACACUAAUAAUGCACUUUCAUGUCAGAUUAUCAUUCCACAAAAACAGCUUGGCCGUAAAUCAGAUAUCUACAUUUCGUUGGUAUCAUACACUCAUCAAGUGGCAUCUAAAAAUUGGUUCAUUGCUUUAGUCAGUACCACUGUUGAGACUGAUAAUCCAGAAGCAGAAAUUUUACCUGGUUUAACAUUAUUGGGACCGAUCAAACAAAAAUUUGUAACCGUAAGCGAUCUUUACAAGCCCAAAGAUGAUGGCAAAGAAAAUCAGGUUUUCAUUUCAACAUCAUUCGAUGCUACAUCACAUUUCGAGACAACUUGUUCCGAUGUAUUGGACAUAUUCCGUCGUGGUACCGGUGAAGAUUUUGAUUUUAGUAAAGUUAAACGAGAUUUAAAUGAUGACAUGUAAAAGAUGAUUACUUUCAAAAUGGAUAGGAAACCAAAAACAAAA